CGGGGUGCGUGUCCGGGCGGGACGGGGGGGAUGCGGGCCCCAGGGAGCCCCUUCGGCCUCGCUGCUGCCGGCAGGAGGGCAGCGGGGCGUGCGGGGGCCGGCAGGGCCCGAGUCGCGCCUCAGAAGGGGUUUACAGCAUCCCUAGCUCAGAAGAAGAAGACUGCUCAGAGUGGAAGGAAGUGUGCAGCAGAUGGCCUGAAGCAGGAGCCUGUGUCAUCUUUGCAGGCAGCACCUGCUGAAAGUCAAGAUGUCAUUGCUGCUGCUCAGUGCAUCUUGGACAGAGAAUACCAGUUUGGGAGGGAGGUGGAGAGGUAUUUGAGGCACAAUGAUUUCUUAAAUCUGAGAAAGAAGGAGUUGCUGUACAAGAAAUGGCUGGAGAAUGUUUCAGAGCCCCUGCUGCAGAGAAUUAUGGAGAAAAUGGACAGCCAGUCAAGUGAAGAAAUACGGAAAAGGAAAGAAGAGCAACUCUCUCUCUAUUUAAACUACUGUAAUAAAACAAAGGGCUAUGUGGCUUUGGAAUAUUAUAACCCAUCAGAGUAUGAUCCAUUCUUCCUGAAGACACAGACAGACUGCUGGAAGGUUUCAAUACCAGCACUCCAGGAUCCUCUGUUAAAAAGCAUUCAAAGGAAGUUUACUGAGACUGGCGUUAUCAAGCAGUGUGAGACAGGAAGACCGUGCUCCAGCAGGGAGCUGAGGAAUCUCUUGGAGCUGCCGCUGCUCCCUCUGAGCCGGCAGCGUCUGGAUGCAGCCGAGUGGCUGAAGAUACCACACGCCUACAUUGCCAGUGAGGUUCGCCACACCAAGAGGCAGAAAGUCACUGGGCACCACAAAGAUGGGAAGAGCCAGGAAUGUCACCUGCCCUUCAGCUGACUGCAGCAGCAGGCACAGCCACCAGAAGGUACCAUUUGCAGAACGUAUGUUACAUCUUCUGCCAAAGCAAGUAGUAACUGGCCAGGACUGCUGGCAAACUGCAAUAAACUCAUUGGCUCAAACCUGUGGUUCUGAAGUACAGUUACCCAGCAGCCAAAGAGGUGUGGGAGAUGCUGUUCCUGGUAUUUCCAGCUCUACGUGCCAAAACCUACUAUUUUAGCGGGUUUAACUUAGGCUUAGCUCUACAAAGACAGUGCUGAUGGUCUCUGGUUUACAGGGUGGUGGAAUCUUUGGAUUGAAAAAGGUGAACUGGUGAGAAAAGUUAGAAGAAAGUCUGGUCUGCCCCUCUUCUGUGCAGGGCAGAAUUCGUAUGUUAUGCGCAGCUCUGAGUCUGCUCUAUUUCAUGUGACAAGGAAUGUGAAGCAGCAGGCAGAGGGCAUGGCAAAGCCUGCAGAAUUUUAGCCACAGAUGUUGCAGUUUUGCACGAGGUCACCUUGAGAUUGUAGAACAAACCCUCUCUUUGAAUGAGGAGGAGAUGCUCCUCGUUGUGUGCGUGGUCAGCAGAUGUGUACAGAAGAGCAGCUUAGGAAGCACUGAUGAGGAAAUAACGAUUUGGUUUUGGUUGUCCAACACUUUAUCAGCACUCCCAUAGUCAAUGUCCUGCAGAAAUACUAUUUGUGCAAAAUCACAUUUGGCUGCUAAGAGGUUGUCAAAGGACUCUCUCCUGGAGGCAGGGUGGCAGCAGUAAGUCAAAUUCAACAUCCAAAUGGAGUGUUCUGAGGGGGCAGGACAUAAUUAGGGGAGAGGCGAGGGUUGUUGUACAAAAUGUCUGGCUCUUUUGUGAGAGCCAGAGCUGAGCAGCAAACACUGCUUGUGUCUGGUGCCAGCGUCGUUCCUCUGUCCCUGCACAGCAGCUCUGGUGUCACAGCCUGAGAGGAGAAUCUUCUCUCUGCGAGUUCAGGAAGCUCCAAACUCCCCCUGUACAGACACAAACUCUCGAGAGUUGCCAAGAUUUAGUUUUAUUUAGGAUUAGAAAUACUGAACCACAGAAAACUGUUAGCAGUAACAGAGGUGGUUGGCUCAGCCCCGUGCCAGGAGGCUGCGCAGAUGGCAAUCGCUGUGACACUGGCAGUAUCACUGCACCCAUGGAAAGCAUGCCCUGCUUGUUCAACAAAGCAUUGUACUUCAGGAGGCAAUAAAAUGGUUGCAAUAUAUCAAACCCAUUGGAAACAAAAACUUUUUUUUGGGACCAUCUCUCAUUUUGGUGCCCAGAGAAGAUGUUUGCUCUCAACCCACAUCUCAUUUCACAGAUCCGCGUCGAGGGGACAGCUCCCCUGAGCAAACUUCUUAAACUUGUAAUAAACUUUUCUUGAAUUUAA